AUGGGUGAUAUACUUGGGGAUGACAAACUGAAGAGACACCGGGGGCUCUAUUCAGCACGAACUGCUGCCAUCAAUAUCAUUCGAAGGGGACCUGUCCCCCAGCAUAUCGCAUUUAUUAUGGACGGGAACCGACGGUAUGCAAAGGGACACGGGAUACCAACGGCAAAAGGGCAUUAUCUAGGUGCAGAAGCGAUGUCAAACGUUGUUGAAGCAUGUUUUCUAAGUGGCGUUAAAGGUGUCACUGUGUACGCUUUCAGCCUUGAAAACUUCAAGCGGCCCAAAGAAGAGAUAGUUCAACUUAUGAAUCUAUUCAAGUUCCAGAUCUAUGAACUAUGCAAGCCAGGAGGUCUAGCAGAGCGCUUCCAAGUUUCUAUCAGAGUGUUAGGUCAGUUGGACCUUUUGGACGAGGAUUUGAAGGCACUAUUGCGUCAAAUUAUGGUGGACACCCGGAAUCGGACUGGGGGAUUUAUAAACUGCUGUGUUGCCUAUACCUCCCGUGAUGAGAUAGUGACUGCCAUGAGUAGAGCUGUGCGCUCCUCUCAACUUAAGCAUUCGUCCGCGGAUAUCACGGAUGAGGUUCUGACAAGAUAUAUGUAUACGGCUGACGAUCCCGCAGUGGACGUAUUGGUCCGGACGUCUGGUGUCAGUAGGUUGAGCGACUUUCUGCUCUGGCAGUGUCACGAAGACACUGAUAUUCAGAUUGUGGACGCCAUGUGGCCGGAGUUUGGCAUCUAUCAUCUCUUCCUUGUCAUAGUACGAUGGCAGAGAAAACAGAUGAACAUUGGCCAAGCCAAUAUUCAGACGGCGGUUGAACUAGGAUGA